CAGCGCGGAGGCAGAGCGCGCGCGCAUUCGGGAGGGAGUCUGGUCGCGUGAGCCAUUGGGGUUCCCGCAUAACGGGAACAGACAACAAAACACGCAGGCGGACGGACCGGGAAAUAGGCAAGUGAUCUUCAACAACAACAACAAAACAACCCCAACAAACAGCCACAAAUCCAGCGACGAAACAAGUUUUUUUUUGUUUGUUUGUUUGUUUGUUUUUUUUUGUAAACAUUUCCAAGUGAUUUAUUUAUUUAUUUAUUUAAUCGCUUUUAUUUAUUUAUUUCUUUAUCGAUUGAUUGCGUUUUAAUUAGCGGAGUGUGACAGAGCGGCGGUGGGAGGGGCGAAGCGCCGGCGAGCACAUUAUGUUGCCUUAUUAUUGACGUUUAUAUAGAAAUAGAUUAGACUUUCUUUUUUUUCUUUUUUUUAAAAAAAACAAAACAAAACAAAACAAAACAAAAAAACAAUACCACUUAAUGUGGCGGAUUUCGACUAGAUCAGGCUGUGAGUGUGACUCUGAAUGUGGAAGCGACUGUGUAGCAUGUAGCUGUUGGAGAAAAGCAGAUCCAUAGCUAAAGACCAAAUAAACGAACCAAAAGAACAAAUGCACCAGAAUAAACCACAAUAAGCACUGUUUUAUUUAUUUUAUUAGGCCUAUAUUAUUUUGUUUGCUAGUGUCAGGACGUGAGCGCUUUUCUCGUAUUAGAAAUAAAUGCUGAGAUCUCCGGUUAUUAUCUGUUUUAUAUAUAGCCAAAGUAAAGGCACGAGGGGAGGGAGGGAAAGAAGCGGACCUGCGUGUUAAAUACACUGUCGAAUUUAUAAAUAAAUCGCCUGAUUCAAAAGAAAUUCUUUAAAAAAAAAAUUUUUUUAAAUUUAUUUAUUUAUUUUUUUUUGCAGUGAGAUUUGCAAACGCAUUACGCUGUAAACCGCAGCUGGGGUUCAGCAGGUGUAGCAUUGUAGCAUACCAGUGAAUGUUAUAGCAUCAGUGAAGAGAUCAGUGUGAGUGAGUGUAUAGCCUAUAGUCUGUCCGCCUGUGUGUGGGUUUGUGUCUGAGCUUUAUGCUUUUAUCUCUAGGCUUAUUACCCAGUUCAAAAAGUGAAUGUAUACAGAAUUAAAAUAAUGAUGAAAACGUGAUCGGUCAGCAUGCCAGUGAGCACCACGCCGAGUUCCUAUCACUGAUAAAACUUGGUGUACAAUGCCAAAGAGAUCCCGAACACAGCCAAAGCCGAACACGAGCGAGCACGAGGUGAAGACCUGCACAUCCGAUCUCAGCUGCGAAGAAGAGACCGGCGACUAGAAGCAGACUGUGCUGUAAUAACGCCAAAGCAAGCCAAAAAAAUUAAGAACAAUAAUUAAAAUACCAGCACCUAGGGGAAGAAAAGAAAGUCCAAAACAAAAGCCUGAAGACGAAGGAGGAUCAUGUUUGUCCCCUUGCCGCUGCCGUUCGUCUUGCCGAGAACUGCCUCCGAGCUCCGUGCCUGGCGCCUCAAGUCUCCGCCGGCUGCGCGCGCGCUCUCCGAUAUCAGAAUGUCAAAGCCAAUAGAGGUCGAAAACCCAGCGGCGGACUCUCCGAUGGAGAAUACAGGAGAUUCAGAGAGGAAUGGUUCAGACUCCAAUAAUCAGAUUCCGUCAAUGAAAAUCAGCCCCUUCUCACUCUCUCCAACACUAAGUGCCAGCAACAAGGCCAAGUUGGAGGAGUGUGGAGAGAUGUCUCCAGCUUCAGUUCAGGCCACGCCCACUCAAACACCACUCUCACACACACAGCUGAUGCUGACAGGAAGCCAGCUGGCAGGACUGACUGCUCUCUUGCCCGCUCAGCAGCAGUUGCUCCUCCAGCAAGCGCAGCUCCUGGCCGCAGCCGUGCAGCAGUCGCAGGCAGCUCACGCUGCCAAUCAGCAGCAAACGCAACAGCAGCAGCAACAGCAGCAGGCCAAUCAGCAGGCGGCUCUGCCCCAGCUGCAUGGCCAAUCAAAGGGUGCUCAGGAGCAAAAUGCUCCUGUCCUACCCCCUCCUCACCAGCUUACCCUAUCUCAACCAAUCCAGCUCACUGCCCAGGACAUCCAGCAAUUGUUGCAGCUGCAGCAGUUGGUCCUCGUCCCAGGGCAUCCUUUGUCCUCGCCCGCACAGUUCCUUUUGCCACAGGCACAGCAAGGGCAGCAAGGGCUGCUACAGACACCAAAUUUGAUUCCACUACCUCAGCAAAACCAGGGGGGUCUUCUCAGUGCUCCUCCUGCACUUGGUCUUCAAGCACAGCAGAGAGAAAAGGUCAUGGAGAGCAGUGUCAGUACGGUGACCCCCGUGACCUCUCAUGCCGAGGAGCCAAGUGACCUGGAAGAGCUCGAACAGUUUGCCCGCACCUUUAAACAGAGAAGAAUCAAACUUGGAUUCACACAGGGUGAUGUGGGACUGGCUAUGGGCAAGCUGUAUGGUAAUGAUUUCAGUCAGACCACCAUCUCCCGCUUUGAGGCCCUCAAUCUCAGCUUUAAGAACAUGUGCAAACUCAAACCUCUCCUGGAGAAAUGGCUCACCGAUGCCGAGACCAUGUCGAUGGACAGUACCUUGCCAAGUCCCAGCUCUCUGUCCUCACCAUCUCUGGGCUUUGAGGGCCUGCCUGCCCGCCGCCGCAAGAAACGCACCAGCAUCGAGACCAACGUGCGCGUGGCUUUGGAGCGCAGCUUCAGCACGAACCAGAAGCCUACCUCAGAGGAGAUUCUACUCAUCGCUGAGCAGCUCAACAUGGAGAAGGAGGUGAUCCGCGUCUGGUUCUGCAACCGUCGACAGAAAGAGAAACGUAUUAACCCCUCCAGCGCCACCCCUCCCCUGCCCAGCCAACCCCAGCCUGCCUCACACAAACCCCCCUGCUACAGCCCGCACAUGAUGCAAGGUCAGGGACCGUCCCAACCCGUUACCAGUCUCAGCACAGCAGCAACAACAAUGUCCUCGGUCUGUCCUUUGACCCCCACUGGUCCUUCCUCAAGCUCCACCCCUUCACCUGUGACUCCGUCUCCUCGCAGUGACGCCAGCCCUGUUCCGGCCACUCACACAUUAAAUCUGAACACAGGUUCGUGGCGUCACAAGAACGGUGACGUGUCUAACUACAUCACCGAUUUUGCUGCAAAUCUGAGCUCUGGUAGCCAGUGGUGGUCAAACCACCAUUUCCAGUCUUGAAGGUGGCAGCAAGGUGCUGAUUGGUGGUUCUGGAGGACAAAGGUCAGGACUCCCUUCUUCCCUCUUCCUUAACCACCCUUCUCUGUUGCCCAUGGCAGCGGGCACAGCUCUGGGAUUGGGCAACUCGCUCGUUUCCAAAUCCGGCAGGCCUCUAUUCCCGGACGGCAUGAGUCCCUCCCCCUGCUCGAGCCCUGACUCUUCCUGCUCUUCCAGCGACUUGCUACACAGCCCACACGAUCUGGGGAGUGGCCAAGAUUGAGCGACACUUCAAGGAAACCAAUCACAGGACCAGGAGGAGGAACUGAAACCUCCCAUCACAACCAAAGCAUCUCUGUCUCUCUUUCCUCCUUCGUCUUUUGUCUUUCACUCUUUCUCUCUUGCUCUCUCCCGCUCUCCUGAUGCCAAAAAUACACAAAGUGGAAGAGGGGAGAGAUGAAGAGACAGAGGUGAAGACGAGACGACGUGAAGAGGAGAGAUUUACAUGUAAACCAAAAAUUCAUCUGGAGGUUUAGUGGCACGCGGUCGACUGAGCGCAGCCACUUCUCCACCGUUGUUUUUUUUUUGUUUGUUUGUUUUGUUUUUUUUCCCCGCUCUCUCUUUCUCUCUCUCUCUCUGUUGUUCUGGAGAGUGUAAAGAAAUAAAAGAAGGGACAAUAGACAUUGGUUUAAGAACUGCAGGAACCAGAGGAAAGAGCUGAUUAAUGAUCGUUGAGCCAAAAAUAGCGAAACUAAAAACAUUUAUUUGUUGCAGAACAGCAGUCGGACUUCAGCUCUGACCAGUCUGGAGAACUUUAAACCAAAAAAAAAAAAAAAAAAAAAAAAAAAAUACCCACAGAGGUGAACUUUAAAAGACUCACAGUGACAAAAAGACAACCAUACCAAAAACCCAUAUACCAAAAAAUAACCAAAACCAAAAAUACGGAAGGAAAAGCUUUAUCCCGUGGACCUGUAAAUAGUCCAGUGUCCAGCACCAGACCCACACCAACGAUCCAGCAACCUCCCGCGCCAUCAUUUCAUCCGACAUUCUCCCAUUUUGUCUGUUAAUAUAUCAGUAUUUUUUUUUUUUCUUAACUCGUCAUUGUUUUUUAACUAGUGAAGCGGUGAAUCUCCAAGUAUUAGCUGUGUAUUGCUGUGCAACAGUGAAUGAGCAAAGCUCAGAAGUGUCCAUGUUUUUUUGACUAGAAGUCUAGGUAUGUACAAAUCUCUCCCGCUUUCUACCUCUUUAUCAGGUUUUCUUCUGUCUAGCUUUAGUUCCCAUUACCGUUCGGAAAUAUCCGUAUUUAAGUAGGCAUUCGUUUUGUUGUUUAACCGUCAUCACUGUCAUGUCAUCAUUUCAGCCUCAUGUCUAAUCACACAUGUUAGCCACCCAGGGGUGUGUUUGAGAAUGUCAUGCCGUGAAAAUCGGAUGUAUUUAAUACAAGGUCAGCUGGUGUUUCUGCAUGUUUGACGUCUCUGUGUCUCACACGUUCAUGUUCAUUCUGUCUUAUCUCCAUUAAAAACACUUUGAAUCCAU